AUGGCAACGAAGAUCACGUUUAAAACAAAAGACUAUUCAAAUAUAAGGUCCGAAUUUGUAGCAGAUGAGCAUUGUCAUCCAAUGGAAUCCUUUCGACAACCCGAAGCAUUUUCUCCAUCUGCAGAGAUAAUUUCGCAUUAUGGGAAACACAUAUCUAUCACUUCUCCAUCUGAUUCAAGGUCGACAUCUCCUAAUUUAAAUGAGCUACUUGCUAAUAGAGAAUCAGCAGCUCGAAAUUUCAUUGCGUUAGCGACUGAAAAACCAGGCUCUGAAUUUUCGCAAAACGAGCCGGAUAAGUGUAAAAUAACGCACGAAAGUGAUAAAACUGAUCUUUUUCAAGAGGCACCUGUAAAAUUGCCAAACAAAUUUGAAGAUCAAAACGAGACAACAUCCUUAUCAGCAACACUAUCACCGCAAAUUUCACCAUCGUCGCCAUCAUCGGCAUCUUCUUCAUCUGCUUCCUCCACUUCUCUCAAUUCAUCAGCUUCCUCGUUUGUACUGCUAUCUGAAUAUAACAGCUUUAAAAAGAAAAAGCCUAGUCCUCUUGGAAAACGAGCAUUGCUAAAAAAGCUAUCUGAAGGGACAUUAGUACGAAGACAAUCUGAACGCCAUCAUCAAACUCCAGAGUUAUCGUCUGCACUUAAGGGAUAUCCUUCUCAAAUGCUUUCGCCUCGACAGCAAAGGGCCUCAGGAACCUCAGACUUUGCCUUGCCAAAAAGGAAAUCUGCAAAUUUGUAUAAAAAGAAGUACCCGCAACCUAUUGAGUUUCUAAAUUUAGAAGCUCUUCGUAGAUACAGGAAAGUUUAUAAAUUAUCUAUUCGUCCGACUGCCUCAAAAUCUUCGCUUUUGCGCGUAGCUAUGGACCACUAUUCAAAAAUGAAUCCCGAUCCAAACCAAAUCAUAUUUGAGUUUAUUUGUGCGCUUCAUUCGGACAAUAAUUGUAACUAA